UUCAUGGCCCAGCUUUGGGCAACAAAUCUUCCCUGAACAUCGGGAAGUCGGGCUCGGUAAGGCGUAAGCUGUCAGUGGCUCUUAUAAACCCAAUGAACACGCAUCAUCCCAGGCAACUUAGAAGAAAUAAGCAAAAUGAUAUUCAAGUGGGCAAUGGGUUCACUCUUCUCUGCAGUGUGUGAACAUCGUUGGGAUGAUGCUUUUCAGGUAUUACCCUGUAUUAUCCUCCGACUGUAUACGGUGCCUCUUGAUUUCCUCUGGAAGGUGGUUGAUAUUAUAACCCGAAAAGCGACUGGCAUCUCUCUGAGCCGUAGGCAUCAGUUACGAAGCGUUAUCUGUAACAUGCACAUGAUAACAUAUGAAGUUGUGCUUGAUUCACUCUCACAGGAUCUAGAAGUGGCCAGCGAUGCUGAUGUAGAUGUUUUAUUGCAAAUGCUGGAGGAGUAUUGUAGGCAGAAAAAUUGGGCAAAAACCUUAAAUGAUCCUGACCAGAAACGGCUGAAAGCGCUUUCAGAAGGUUAUUAUGGCCAAGUUCUCUAUUAUCGUUGGAAGAAUGGCCAGUUCCGAAGUGAUGCAGCAUCUGUUGUUACAUUACAGGAUAAUGAGGUUUCAAGUUCACAGACAUCUGACAAAGAUGGACAGAUUACGCUUGGAAACUUUGGAAACGAGACGUCAUCUGCAGGAAACGCAAGUCACAUUCUCGCUAAACAAUCGUAUACUAAAAUGAGAAAUGCUCUUGUAAAUCUUAAAGAACCUUGUGAAUGGCUGAUGGAAAGCUUCCUGGAUCUGGAAUAUGAUCUCUAUGGUAUUGAAAGAGCACUUAAAACACUCAAAGGCCACUUGUUAAAGAAUAGUGGUCAGUUACCUGCUCUGCGGUUGUCAUAUUACUUUUUUAUAAACAAAGAUCCAGGUGAUAUUGAAAGUCUGAUGACAGUUCUUCAGAAAAUUUCUGAGAUGUGUCCAGAUGAUCCUCUAGUGUUGGAAUAUGUUGACUACAUUCUUAAAUUUUCUGAUAAAGACACAGUUGGACAAAGUAGUCUACCAGGAGAUAUAGUCAAUGAAGACAGUGAUAGUGGCCUUGAUGAAUUUGAAAAAGUUGAAACAGAGUCCUCAAGUUAUGAUGCCACUCGUCCUUGCUUGCUUAAGUCACGUGAAAAUGUAAAUGCCUUGAGCAAAUGCCUCAAGCUUCUUACACUGAUGCUGGAAUACAAGGAAUUUGUAUGGGAUCUUCAGCCAUGGCAGAGACUGACAAAUGUACUUCGAAGAUUUCAUCUGGCAUGGCUAAGGUUUGUACUGUAUUUUAAUUAUUCUGUUUUCUUACAAAUAUUGAUGCAUUUAAAAUCUUUGGAUUAUGUAAUGAAAAUUGAAAACAUCUUGCGAACAAAUGGCUACAGGACAUUAGCAGUUGAAUUGGAUGUUUCUAUAUGCUAUUCUGGUCCUUUCUUGGAUAAAUUCAUCAGCUAUUUGGACUUAAGAAGAAGGGUUCGACAUGAUGGAAACGAAACUGAUAAGACGAGCGACCCUUACAAGGGAGGUUUGUCCCAGGUGCACACAAGUGUAUGUCUACCAGCUGAAAACUCUAACAGUAGCAGUGCUGAAGAGUGUACAUCAACUAAGGACCAACUGAAGAUAAAGAAGGAUGUAGACCUAUUGCCUGUGAAUUCUCUUGAAAGUAAAGUGUUUUCCAGUUCUUACCCUGGUAGUGAGGAUUUACAAUAUUCACAGUGCUUACUAACUGAUAAGAAGGAUAGUGCCGAUGUGUCUUUUAAUGAACAAGAUAUCCUGAUCACAAGUACUCAGAUUAGGAAAAAAAAACCAAUGUCAUCAAUUUCUUCAAAAGUAUUAAAUUCUCUCCAAAAUGGAAGUUUUACUGAGUUUAUAGAUAGUCCUGUGGAAGAUGUUGAUGAUACUAAUUCAUUAUGUAUGGAGAAUGAUGUUAAGUGUACAAAAUUUUACAUUAAUCACACAAAACAGCAUGUAAGUGAAACUCAGAGCACAAUUGGGAGUGAUGAAAUAUACUCCAAAAAAUUUUCUCAAAAUACAGUAGCUCAAGAAAUGUCAGAAGAAAAAGUUACAACAAGGUUACAGGGAGGAAAAGAAACUGUUUUACAUCAUUUAAACAGUGUUAAGAAGAAAUUGGGACAAGAGCAGGAAGUACAUCAUUAUGCUCCUGAAACAAUUCAAAGGCUCAGUUUUGAAUCCCAUAACUUCUCUCUAAAUAAUAAUAAUAGUAAUAGUAAUAAUGGUGAUAAGUUAGAAUUAUGUACAGUCUCUGAGCCUGAGGAAGAAUAUACUUGUUUCCAGAGCAAAAGUGUUUCCAAAGACAAGGAAGAUAAAUUAAGCUUGGAAAUGAAUAGAGGUAAGGAAAAGACUGUGGUAGCCCCUUUUCAAACAUCUCCAAACCAAGAACACCAAAGUAGAGACCUGGCCAUGGAGUUUGAAGAGGAUGUCACAUGCAAUCCUCAGUCUCAUUACACAUGCACCUUAGCUGACAAUUUACUUACUUGUUUUGAUGAAGGUACUCCCUCAAAUGAGGACUGUGAUAUAACCAACCAGAGUUAUCCAGAUGAAGUUAAAUAUUGUGAUAUGCCUAGUGGGAUAAAAUUUGGUCACAGUCAGUCACCAGAUCCUCACACUGAAAAUGUAUCCAAUGCUGUUAGUUGUCAGGAUUGUGAAAAUAAUGUACUCCAUGAAUGUCAUGUUGAUAUAAAUGUAGUUCAGAAUUCUAAAAUAUAUAACAGUGACACAAACAAAGACCAGAAUAAGCUUGCCAGAGAUUCUGAAGAGAAUGUUUUGACUUCAGGGGUUGAAAGUGAGGAAAGAGAAUAUUUCAUAACCUGUGGUCAAAGAGAGUGUCAGUCUAGCAAUUAUGAAGCAGAAAUCUCCCAAAAGCAAGAGCACAGCUUUUCCCAAGGAAAUUCUGAAAAAGUUGAUGACAGUAUGUGUUUCCAGUUUACACAACUACCAGAACUUGUAGAUCCUGAUGCUUACAUAGCUUCUAGUCAUAACGAUUUUAACAGAAGCCAUGUAAGCAAUGGUGAAACACUUGAUCAUUUAAGUGCAGAAUUUAUUGAUAAUGGUACUCACAUUGUUCCUGAAACCCUUAGUUUGUCUUUAAGAAAAGAGAGCGACAUUUCAGAUGAGUUAAAGAUUAACACUCAAAUCAAGAGAGAGAGCAGUGAUGAAGGCAGUUUCAUUACUGAAAACUUAAGAAAUGACCAAUGUUCUGGUAAUGCUCAGACAGGAAACAGUCAGGAAGAAAACAUUGUAUCUGAAACACAGCAGAGUGUAAAGAGUUCAUUUUUCUUUAUAACUCCAGCUCAACGAGUUACUGUUCAUGACCUGCAAGGUUCACAGGCAUUGUUACCCUCAGCAGACAUAAAUACGAAUAUUGUUGAUGUUUGCAAAACUGAAGAAGAAUUAUACUUGGAUAACGAGUCAGAAGAGCUGCCGAUUACGGAAGAAAAAAAUGACAUUUUGCAUAGCACUCACUUAGCAACAUUAGCAUCUGUCAGUUCAUCUUUGAGUGUUGAUAAUAAUUUUCAUCAACUAGUUACUCCACCUAAGCAAGGGCCAAAUAUGUUCAGUGAUGACAGUUCAGAUCAAUUCCACUCAGCAAAGAGUGCACUGGAAAGACUUAUCCAGUCUCAAAUUUUUGAUACACCUGCAGUAAAUCAAGGUAAUCUGAAGGAACCAUGUAACAGUGAAGAUUUUGUAGGCCCUAGUCAAGAUGUGAUAACUAGCAUUACAACCAAAACACAGCUAUCUAAUUAUAAAGCUGUAAGUAGUAGCUCAUCAGAUGAAAUUACUGUGCAUGAGUGUGUGAUUGGAAGUGACUUUGAUACCACCUCUCUUCCAUCAAUACAGGAAACACCUCUUCCAUUAUCACAGCAGCCACCUCAUGCUUCUGUGACAAAUAAAGUUCAAGUAGAUGAGGACAAUAUUUUGGAAGUAACACUCUUGCCUGGUACAAAUUUCACAAAUGAAGAAGAGCUUGAGUUUUUCUCUGAACAAACUAGUGUUGUUGACACUGAUUGCAUGGAACCAUUAAAUGUCAACUUACAUGAUUUGUCUUCCAGUAAGAAAAUUGAUGAAGCACAGAACCCUCUUCAUCUUGAGACAGUAAGUGAAAAACCUAGCAUGGUGAAAAUGAGGAUGGAGCAUGUCUCACAUAAACAUAUACAAAGUGAUCAAGAUUCUCCCAAGAAAGAAGUGAAUAAUGAAAUUUUUAACACAUGUUUGGAGGGUAAUUGUUGUCAGGAAGACACUGGUAUCAAAAUUUUUUGUGAACCAUGGGAACCAAUUGAAAAUAGCAAUUCAAGUAAUUGGGAUUUACAGAAUGAUGUAGUUAUGGAAGGUGAUGCGGAAGGAGACAUAAAUACGAAAAGUAAAGACAUCAUACAUAAAAUUUCUAUUGAUGUUGAAAUAGAAAAUAAUAUAAACAGAAUUCAAAAUGAAGGGUCAUCUUCUGGGCAGAAUACCAAAGGUAAUAAGGUUGAAGGAGAGCUGAGGACACAGCAAGUAAGGAAUGAGAGUACAGAAAGUGACAAGGCCAAAAGAAAGCAGAGGACUCAGGAAAUAAAGACUAAGAAUACAAAAGGUGAUGAGGCUAAAGGAAAACAAAUGCUUCAGAGAGUGAGGACCAAGAAUAAAUAUUCAGCUAAAGAAUAUUGGAAUCAGUUUCUUGAUGACCUUCCAAUUCCUGCAUGUGUUCUGAAUAAUAAAACAGGGUGUAAAAAUGUUAAUGUUGAUAAUCCUAAUAUAAUUCAUAAAGAUAAAGAAAAAGUUACCAGUAAUAGUGAUAAAUCUGAUGUAAAACAAAGGAAACUACCUCUAAAAAAUGAUUUUUCAUUUUCUUGGAUUGAAGAUUUACCACUUCCCCAAAAAUUUUAUAAAGAAGACAAUUUACAAUCCAAACUAGAAUGUAGGCCAUGUGAAAAUAAUUCAUACAAGAAACCUGUGCUCAGAAGACAAUUGAAAAAGAAAGUUAAGACUAUUGCUAAGUGUUAUACAAGCUGUGAAACUCCAGCUGAUAAUGAGGACAGAAGUAGUAAUAUUGUCUUUUCUGAAUCAUUUAGUAGCCUACUUGAGACUGUUCAGAAUAACAGCCAUGAUGCACUUGAUCCACUGAAUGAUAAACAUAGAUUGAUACACCUGGAAACUUUUGAUGAUAGGGAAGAUAAUUUAGUAGUAAAAAAGGUAUCAAAGAGGAAAUUAAAAGCUAUAGAAAACAAAAUUCAUGAAGAGAAUGGAAAUACAAGUGUGACCAAUGAGUUAUGUUUAUUAAAUGAGGCUGAAGGAAAAUCUGAAAAGCAGAACAAUAACAAAGGGGAAAUUUCAGGAGAAUUGUGUACAUUUGAUGAGGCUUUUCAACUCUCUGUAAAACAGACAAACAAAAAGAGAAAUGCAAAAGAAUUGUGUCUAUUCAAUGAGGUUUCAGAAAAAUGCAAAGAACAAAAGAAGAGCAAAAGGAGAGAUUCAAGUAUAUCAUGUCUAUCUGAUGAGAUUGCACCAAAGUCAAAAAAGCAGAAGAAACAAUAUUUAAAAGAAUCGUGUCCAUAUGAUGAUGUUGCAGAAGAAUUCAUAAAACAGGAAAACCACAAAGGGAGAGAUUCAGGUAAUCCAGGUUUAUUGGAUGAAGUUGCAGAAGACUUAAAAAAUCAGAAGAAUGAGAAAACAGGUUCAAAAAAAUUGUGUCUAUCAGAUGUUGCUGUGGAAUUUGUGAAACAAAAAAAGAGCAAGAGGAGAGAUUCAAAAGAAUCUUGUUUGUUUAAAAAAGUUGCAGGAGAGUCAGACAAUCAGAAGAGAUCAGAAGUGAUCUGUAUUUUUGAUGAGGGUGAAGAAGAGUUCCAGAAGCUAAAGCAAAAGAAGAAAAGAAAGUAUGAAGAAUUGUAUCUAAUUGAUGAGGCUGCUCAAAAGUCCAUCAAUCAUAAGAAAGAUACCAACAAAAGAUGGGAUUCAGAAGAAUCGUAUGUAUUUGAUGAGGGUGUAGAAGAGUCAGAAAAACAAAGGAAAGAGAAGAAGAAGAAAAGCAUCAACAAAAUUAAAGAUGCAGAAGAAUCAUGUCUAGAUGAGGAUACAAAAGAAUCAAAAAAACACAAGAAGAAAAAGAAAGAUUCACAUGAACCAUAUCUGCUAAAUGUGGUUAUAGUUCAGGAAAUAGAAAACAAGGCAGUGAGAGAGAAAAUAACCCUGAAUAAUGAAAAACCUGAUAUUUGUUGUGAUAGAAGUGAAGAAAUAGACAGUAGCAGCACUAAGCCAAGUCAUGGCAUUAAGAGGAAAAGUAAGUCUCGUAAUAAAAUAGUUGGUGAGCUAAGUAGUAUUCAGCUGCCUGAGUCCAGUAGUGAACCUCAGUGUAAAGAAAGGAAGAGAAAAUCAUUACAGUUGCAUUUGAUUAGUGAAGCUGAGAAAUCUGGAUAUCUGGAAAGUAAUGAAUUAUCAAAGAAAGGCUCUAAACAGAAAUUGAACGGUGUAGUAAAAAAGAAAAAGAAAAUUCAUAGUGGUAUAAAAUCAGUUAAGGGUUUGAAAUCUAUUAUUGGUUCUUCACACAGGCCUGAGAGUAAACUAAAGAGGAGAAAAAUUCACACUGGUAUUAAGAGGAACUUCACACAGCCAUAUAAUAAUGGAUUUAAUGUGGAGGUCAUACAAAGAGCUGAUGAUUAUAAUCAUUUUCAAGAGGAAACUAAGAAACAAAUUUGUAAUGUAAAGGAGGAUAUUAAGCAGGAUGUAACCUUUAACAUGAUUUCAAAAAAUAAAAAUAAAAUUAAGACUAGAACUACUAAAGUAAAGAUAAGAGAAGAGAAGAGCAUUAAGCCAGUUUUUGAAGAGGAAAGAAAUAAGGUUCCUGAAAGGCUUUGCAUGCCAGAUUAUGAUAGAGAAGUAGCAAGCAAGAUGAGUAAGAAAUUGUAUUCAUCCAGUGAUGUUGCAAACAUUUUAGAAAGUGAAAGUGGACAUAGUGGAAGAGAGAGGACACUAAUUUCUGCUAAAAAUGUAUGUCAUGUAGACAAAAGCUUUGUGAAUCAGGAACAUUUUGACAGAAAAGUAUCAAAUAAAGGUUUCAUAGAUAAGUGUAUUACAACAGACAAAUCUGUGUCAAAGACUACAAAACAACCAUUUUCUGAAUACAGUGCAAAGAGCAGUAACAUUAAUCUAUGUGAAACAUUAAAGACUUGCAACUCAGUUUCAUUCAAGAGCCAUAACUCAUAUGCAACAAAUAAGAGAAAGAUCAAGGAUUCUGUAAGUAAAAUUAAAUGUUCUGAUUAUCCAGAAGCAAGGACAUCAAACAGUAAUGAUGAGGAACUCAGUAAUUUACCAAUUUCAGACUCAUUUCCCACAAACAGAAUAAAGUCUAGACACCAACAAUCAGAGUCACAAAAUAAAACUGAUUUGUCUGUGAUGUAUGUUCAUCCUGAAUUGAAUGAUAUGUCUUCCAGUUUUUCUCAGUUUAAACGUUCUUUAGUUAACAAAAAGGCUGGAUUAUUAAGCACAAAUCAUAGACUAUCUCAGAAAUGGAAAGAGUGUGAGCCAUCUCCUCCAUGGCAAAAUGCUUCUAAAUUUAGAGGAAAAUAUCAUAAGCUUUUUAACCCAAAUGAUGAGUUGCUUUCAUGAACACAAGCAUAUAAAGUAAUUAUUUGGUUUCAUUUUUUAUUUUACAAAAAAUAUAAUGUACCAAUUACCAGUAGUGUACUGUGGUAAUUUAUGGUACAGCUUUAGUUACACUACAGUGAGUGUUUAAUUUACUUGGUCAUGCAAAAAUUUCAGCACCAACUCAUUUUUUAUACACACACAAGCUCUACUUUAUCCUUCCAGUAAACCCUUUUCCAGCUUUAAAUGCAUCUUAUGCAGUCCUCGUUUCACACACUUUUCUUGGGACUGCAAUCAAGAGAUGGCUUAUUCGUGCAAACUUUUAUGCAAACAUUUUAUUUGUUCCUUCACAUGAAAGUAUGUACAGAAAAAAUGAUUCUAAAUGAUUUAUAACUAGCUCACUAUGAAGGACUUAAGAGGCUCUCACCCCAUCUUAGAAUCCCCUCUCAACUACACAUCCUCUUUGAAAUUGUCUAGGUUUCCUCUCCACAGUGUGGGUUAAUUGUAAACUGUUCCAUUAUUAUUAUUAUUAUAAUCAAAGGGGAACGCUAAACCCGUAGGAUUAUGUAGGGCCUGUGGGGGGAUGUGGAAGGUAUUCAGGCUUAAUUCAGGGAACUGGAGCACAGAUCCAAUUCCCUAGAUCAAGAGCCCCUCACCAGCAUCAAGGAACCUUCCUUGAGGGGAUUAUUAUUAUUUUUAUAAUCAAGGAAAGCACUAAACUGACAAGGGUUAUACAGCGCUGCUCCUUGAGGGGAUAAACUGUUCCAGCCAUGGUUCUGUAUUGUGACUUAUUUUUUAUUUUAAAGGAUGGCACUUAGUAAAACAGGAAGUGUAGUAAAAGAGACAUAUGCACAAAUUAAGACAUAAGGCUCUUUUUGUCACAUCUUGUUGAUAUUGCUACCUUUUAUUUCCAAAAGAGGAAGUUUUCAGAUAGAAUAUGGCAUAUUUUUAUAUUAUUUUUUAUGGAAAUGUGAUACCAUUUGCAUUAUAUUCUUUUUGAACUAUUGUACAGUGGACCCCCGGUUAACGAUUUUAAUCCGUGCAAGAGGGGUAAUUGUUAUGCGAAAUAAUCGUUAUGUGAAUGAAUUUUCCCCAUAAGAAAUAAUGGAAAUAAAAUUAAUCCGUGCAAGACACCCAAAAGUAUGAAAAAAAAAUUUUUUACCACAUGAAAUGUUAAUUUUAAUACACACAAACUGAAAAAGGCAUGCACACUUACAUGACACUUACUUUUAUUGAAGAUCUGGUGAUGAUUGAUGGGAUGGGAGGAGGGGAGAGAGAGUGUUAGUGUUUAGAAGGGGAAUCCCCUUCCAUUAGGACUUGAGGUAGCAAGUCCUUUUCUGGGGUUACUUCCCUUCUUCUUUUUAAUGCCACUAGGGCCAGCUUCAGAGUCACUGGACUUCUUUCGCACAAGAUAUCUGUCCAUAGUGGCCUGUACCUCUCGUUCCUUUAUGACUUGCCUAAAGUGUUUCACAACAUUGUCAGUGUAAUAAUCACCAGCACGGCUUGCAAUAGCUGUGUGAGGGUGAUUUUCAUCCAUGAAGGUUUGCACUUCAAGCCACUUUGCACAGAUUUCCUUAAUCUUUGUAGUAGGCAACUUCUUCAAUUUCUCUCUCCCCUCCUCUGAACCAGUUUCCCCAGGUCUGGCCUCUUGCUCUUGAAGUUGAUCUAUCAGCUCAUCAGUGGUUAGUUCUUCAUUGUCCUCCUCCACCAACUCUUCCACAUCCUCCCCACUAACCUCCAACCCCAAGGACUUUCCCAAUGCCACAAUGGAUUCCUCAAGUGGCAUAAUCAUCUCAGGGUUAGCCUCAAACCCUUCAAAAUCCCUUUUGUCUACACAUUCUGGCCACAGUUUCUUCCAAGCAGAGUUCAAGGUCUUCUUAGUCACUCCCUCCCAAGCCUUACCUAUAAGGUUUACACAAUUGAGGAUAUUAAAGUGAUCUCUCCAAAACUCUCUUAGAGUCAGUUGAGUUUCUGAGGUCACUACAAAGCACCUUUCAAACAGAGCUUUUGUGUACAGUUUUUUGAAGUUUGCAAUAACCUGCUGGUCCAUGGGCUGCAGGAGAGGAGUGGUAUUAGGAGGCAAAAACUUCACCUUAAUGAAACUCAUGUCCCCAUAAAGUCGCUCUGCCACGUCUGUAGGAUGACCAGGGGCAUUGUCUAACACCAGGAGGCACUUAAGUUCUAAUUUCUUUUCAGUUAGGUAAUCUUUCACAUUGGGGGCAAAUGCAUGGUGUAACCAGUUAUAGAAAAAGUCCCUAGUGACCCAUGCCUUACUGUUUGCCCUCCACAGCACACACAAAUUAUCCUUGAGGACAUUCUUUUGCCUGAACGCUCUGGGAGUUUCAGAGUGAUACACUAAUAAAGGCUUCACUUUGCAAUCACCAGUAGCAUUGGCACACAUGAGAAGAGUAAGCCUGUCUUUCAUAGGCUUAUGUCCUGGGAGUGCCUUUUCCUCCUGAGUAAUGUAGGUCCUGCUUGGCAUUUUCUUCCAGAACAGGCCUGUUUCAUCACAAUUAAACACUUGUUCAGGUUUCAGUCCUUCACUGUCUAUGUACUCCUUGAAUUCCUGCACAUAUUUUUCAGCCGCUUUGUGGUCCGAACUGGCAGCCUCACCAUGCCUUAUCACACUAUGGAUGCCACUACGCUUCUUAAAUCUCUCAAACCAACCUUUGCUGGCCUUAAAUUCACUCACAUCAUCACUAGUUGCAGGCAUUUUUUUAAUUAAAUCCUCAUGCAACUUCCUAGCCUUUUCACAUAUGAUCGCUUGAGAGACGCUAUCUCCUGCUAGCUGUUUUUCAUUUAUCCACACCAAUAAGAGUCUCUCAACAUCUUCCAUCACUUGCGAUCUUUGUUUCGAAAACACAGUUAAACCUUUGGCAAGAACAGCUUCCUUGAUUGUCUUUCUGGUGCCCACAAUAGUAGCGAUGGUUGAUUGGGGUUUCUUGUACAACUUGACUAGGUCGGCGAUACGCACUCCACUUUCAUACUUAUCAAUGAUCUCUUUCUUCAUUUCAAUGGGAAUUCUCACCCUUAUUGGUGUACGGUUGGCACUAGAAGCUUUCUUGGGGCCCAUGGUCACUUAUUUUCCAGAAACAGCACCGAAAACACUGUAAUAAUACGAAAUAUUCUGAGUGUAUGCUUGGAUGUUACCGCGGAGGCUGGCUGGUAAACAAUGGCACGGGCGGCACAUGUGAGGCUGGCUGAGGGCGCACAUUGGACGCGUCUCGGACGAAAAUCGGUGAGCGGGUUUUUAAUCGGUAUGCGCGGCAAAAUUUUUGCGAUUAAAGUAAGCGGUAUGCGGAUUAAUCGCUAUGUGAUGCCAUCGUUAUGCGGGGGUCCACUGUAUUGUAAUUGCAAUUUAGCGUACAAAUCAAAUACGUAUAUACAUGAAUUGUUUAUUCUUCAUAGGAUUAAUUUAUGAAAUUUUUAAAUUUCAACUACAAUUUUAUAGUUUAAAGAAAAUGCAAUCAUGUCACUUCUUUUAAGGAAUUUGUAAAGAUUGCGGAUGAAUAUUAUUUCUUUUAAUCCAAAUCAAUUAAUGGAUUUUUAAAUUCCAACUGUCUCUUUUGAAGACUUGUAUUUGUGUUCAUUCACAAUUUUGAGGAAGAACUUGCAAGAGUGUGAUAUAGUUGUCAGAAUGGUAAUUUUAUACAAUAUGAAAAUAACUGAAGAGUUAAAUGAUUUCUAAUUUGUGGUAUUUUUCAUUUAUUGACCAAUUUGAAAGUACAGUAAGUGCAGUGGAUCAAUUAACCAUUCCUUUCUGGGGAAGAAAGAGUUGAGGCAGAUUUUCAGUCACAGGGUAAUCACAUCAUCUUUUUAUGCUCUGUUCACAAAUAGCUCACACUUUCGAGAGGAAACUAUAAACACUUUGAUCUGUCAUUAACCAUUUUCAGGUUACAUCAGUGGGUUGUGUGUGUGUAUUGUUCCAGCCACAGUAUGGUGACCUUUUUUAUUGUUCUUAUUUUCCCUUUUGGUUGUGCUUUCCUUGUUUAGGUAAGAGAUCAUACAAGACUGCCAGAUGAUGCCAAAGGUAGAAUAAUGUAUUAUUGAAUAAUCUUUGAUAUGUUGUACCUAUUACUGUUCAUUCAUCUUCAUAAGAGUAUAAUCAUCAGUUUCAUUUUGUUUCUUUACAUCAACAAAAUUAAUUUUUUUUACUGAAAAGUUAAAAGAAUGAAGGUGAUAGUAUACAUACUUAAUACAAGUUAUACAUGAAAAUUGUGCUGCUUAACAUUUUUCUUAAUAUACAAAUUGUUAUACCAAGAAGUCAGUCAGCAUAUAUGUAUUGCUGUUGAAAACUGUUAGCUAUUUGAUGGGAAGCAUACAUGUUUUUCAUUAAAUUAAUGUUAGUUGUACUUCUAUUUGCAGUUAAAAUGAGUUUGUACUGUAUUAGCAUUGUAUGUAUAACAUUAUGUAUUUUUUAUAAAAUAAAUUGCUUUAAGAGAA